CACAGGGAAAUGGGGGAAAGCCAGACUUCAGUCACAGAGUUCAUUCUACUAGGAUUUCGUCUCGGCCCAAUGAUGCAGCUGCUCCUAUUUGGGAUCUUCUUCCUAUUCUACACCUUAACCCCGCUGGGGAACAGGGCCAUCCUGGGGCUCAUCUAUCUGGAUUCCAGACUGCACACCCCCAUGUACUUCUUCCUCUCCCACCCGGCCAUAGUCAACAUGUCCUGUGCCUGCAACACGGUGCCUCAGAUGCUGGUGAACCUCCUGAGUCCUAUCACACCCAUCUCCUUCGCUGGCUGCCUCACACAGACCUUCGUCUUUAUGACUUUUGCUCACAAGGAAUGUCUUCUUUUGGUGGCGAUGUCCUAUGAUCACUAUGUGGCCAUCUGCCACCCCCUCCGGUACUCUGCCAUCAUGAGCUGGAGGCUCUGCAUCACCCUGGCCAUCCCUUCCUGGGCAUGUGGCUCCCUCCUGGCCCUGGUCCAUGUGAUCCUCAUCCUAAGGCUGCCGUUCUGUGGGCCUCAGGAGAUCAACCACUUCUUUUGUGAAAUCCUGUCUGUCCUGAGGCUGGCAUGUGUGGACACCGGGUUCAACCAAGUGGUCAUCUUUGCAUCCUGUGUGUUUAUCCUAGUGGGGCCUCUCUGCAUGGUUCUGGUAUCCUACACCUACAUUCUCUUUGCCAUCCUGAGGAUCCAGUCCGGGGAGGGACCCACAAAAGUCUUCACCACCUGCUCCUCCCACCUCUGUGUGGUUGGGCUCUUCUUUGGCUGUGCCAUUGUCAUGUACAUGGCCCCCAAAUCCAGCAACCCUGAGGAGCAGCAAAAGAUCCUUUUCCUGUUCUACGGCCUUUUCAACCCUAUGCUGAACCCCCUGAUCUACAGCCUGAGGAAUGCAGAGGUGAAGAGUGCCUUGCGGAGAGCGCUGUGCAAAGAGAGUCAUUCCCAAUCAGGGUGA